AUGAGUAUUAAGACAGUCCAGGUAGGGGAUGAGGUGUUGAGGAAGGGGCCAUGGAUGCCCGAAGAGGACGAGAUAUUGGUAGAGUAUGUACGUCAAUAUGGGCCUCGGGAUUGGAGCUCCAUUCGUUCCAAAGGCCUCCUCCCACGCACUGGGAAAUCCUGCCGCUUGCGCUGGGUCAACAAGCUCAAGCCCGACUUGAAAAGAAGUGGGUGUAAAUUCUCCCCCGAAGAAGAAAAGCUUGUGGUGGAAAUGCAAUCGAAACUUGGCAACAAGUGGGCCAAGAUCGCGUCGUGCCUUCCAGGACGCACCGAUAACGAUGUCAAGAACUUUUGGAGCACCAGGCAAAAGCGACUCCUCAGGGCGCUCCAGCGGCCAAAGACGCCGUCCGGGAAAGGCGAUUGCUCCAGCCUCGACUUGCAUGACAUGAACAAAGAGCCCCUCAACGAGUUCUCUGCGUUCCAGAGUUUUGGCCCGCCUCUCUUCUUCGGGAACGAAGAGGAGGACAACACCUUCAAGGGGCAAUCUGAUGAGUGGAAACCAAGUAGGCAGAGUUUGCAAGCCUUUGGUGACUUGGAAGACAUGGAAGAUGUCUUGACUGCAAAGUUGCCGGACAUUGGGCCACCCGACUAUCCGUUUCCGGAUACAGAUUUCUCAAACUCGAAUGCUGCGGCAGUGGCAGCAGCAGCAGCAGCAGCAGCCACAACUGGCACCCCUCCAGCUCAACACCAACAUCAGCAAGAUCAACAACAGCAGCAGCAAGGUGGUGCUACCUUUUGUUGUAGUGACCUUUCGGGAUUUUUGGCUGGCAGUCCACCGCAAUGGGAGAAGCUGCCGCUCUUGUGCCUUGAUCCAGAUGCGUGCAUAAAAGAGGAAGGAGACUCCAUCAGUCCCGACAGCGUGCUCUCUGGCUUCCCGGCUGAUGUGUUUGAUUCACUUGCACCCAGGUUUGGUCCUGCAAAGUUUACAACGCGAGCAGCUCGCACUCACAAAGCAGCCACGAAAUUUUUCUUACUGGCCAUGCUUCAACAUGGAUUUGGAAUCUGGAUCUACGCUGCAAGACUUGACGUUCCUCUUGUUCCUUUUUCGCGUCGGGAUGCACAUCUACUGGUUGUCAGCGGGUAUGCGAUCUUCAUGAAAGCUCGAUUCUUCUCUCGCAGGUAA